AUGAGCACGGCCAGGGCGGUGAGUGGCCUGCUGUUGUACGGAGCGCUGCUCGUGGCCUUCCUGGCCAGCUACGGUGGCGUCAAGCGGCUGCUCGGUUGGGGAAGCGACCCAGUGGGGAGUGACCUGUACAGCUACGUCACAGAUGUAUGGAGAGGGAGCGGCGAAAGAAAUGCCCUCUGUUUGUUUCUCCAAAUUGGGUGUAGAAAAAACGGAAAUGCCAAUGAAGAUGGGAGGAGGAAGGAAAAUCAUACAGAACUGUUACACAAAAUAAACAUGAACAAGGUAAGGAAACUGGCAGACGAUGAGCCGAACAAAGAUUUAGUGUCAUACGUUAGUAAGGCAGAAGCGAACUACACAGUGGUAAACCUGUUUGAGUACUUCGUUAAGGGAAAGAAGAGAGAUAACGGAAAAAAUGAAAUCUAUGUAGGUAAUACUAAUACACUACAGAGGAUUGUAAUCAUAUGCUUCAAGCCGACUCUAAAUUUCUCGCACAUCAUUACCCAGCCUAGUGAUGCCCUCUACAAAAUCAUAAAAGACGAAGAAGGAGAAAUAGUGACGAAGAGGGAUUACCCUCUUUUAUUUUAUGCAGAAGAGCCUAGCUGGGGAAUGAAGAAUGUCAUGUCCACUGGGAUGAUUGAGUUCUUUGCACCUCCAUUUGCCAAAUUCGCUGCCGACAUUGUAAUUAGAUGUGCCAACACAGAAAUAAAUGAGACGUACCCUUUUGAGGACGUGAUUAAGAUCCGUAUUCGAAUUCCACGUAGUAAUGAAAAAAUAGUAGGCCUGAGCACAGACCCCAAGGAUAGAGAGAUUUUCGAACAAAUAGUAGACGAGGAUGUCGAUGAGUAUGAAUUUGGAACCUAUAACAACAGAGUCAUAGGGUUAAAAUUGGCAGAUGCAGAACUAGAUCCAGAAAAUUGCUUCAAAGUGGUUUAUUAUGGAGAUAAGAAACUUUCGCUAGAAGUUGAGUACCAAUUCUCUAGGUGCUUAAUUUUGGAUAGACCCGAAUUUAAGCUUCGGUAUUUUUACCUCAAUAAGAAAAACGUUGGAGACGAGUUUUCUUUUUCCUGCUCCUUCACUUACAAGGGGAAGAAGAAGACGGCCACGUUUGGAGAAGACGACAUCAGUCCAUUGACGGAUAUGUAUUUGAUAGAACCAGACAGGAGAGAGUUCCAAUACUUUAAUGGAGUUCCCUACAAAAUUUGCCACUUUGAAUAUGAUGAGGAGAAGAAAAACUCCACACAGGUGUGCGAAAGGACGAUCAACGAGUUCUCUCUCUUUGUGUACAACUGCGAGACGAUGGAGAGUGGGCAGCUUCAGUCGGAAGAUCCAGUAAAAACGGUGAAGUAUCUAAAUGAGACCCAUCCUCUGGAAGAUUUCAGCGAUAUCACCUUUUUCUCCAAAGAUGUAGACAUAGAAAACGUACGCUGGAAAUUUCCAGACUACAAGUACUUCAUGACAGCCUACAUUAACCAUGGCCCGCAUCCCCUCAUCAUCGAAUGUGUCAUUCCUAAUAAAGCGAAGGAUACCUUCCAGAAGGCGAAUAUUCUCCUCUACGUAAAAACCAAUUUGAAGGAUAAGACAGUCUCCUUCUGCGAUUUUAAAAGCUCCAGAUUAUAUGAUUAUCUGAAUACAUACAUCAGAGGGGACACCUGCGAAAUUAACGUCACUUCGAAUAGCACCUUUGGAUUUAGAUGCCCAGAUGCAACUGUGAAGAAGCCUAGUUAUUGUUUUGUCGAAAUGUACUACCUCGGAUAUCUCUACCGAUUAGAAGAUCUCUUCGCGAAAAAUAUCGUUAUAUACUCUUAUAAAGACCCCAAGAUUUCCCUAGCCGCCUUCACUAGCAACCUCACGAGGUCUUACUCGGUGGAGUGCUUCUGCGUCCAGGAGAGUAACCACAAUAAGAUAGAGAAGAGAGUGACAGUAAAUUACAUAAAUGAGGACCAAGUGUAUGAUUACAAUCCCAUCCCCAAAGUACCGUACGAAUCGGUGAUAUCACACCCGAUGAAGACUCACCUUUGCGAUUUUUUGGGAAAUAAUUCAGUCCUUAAGCCGACGAGGAAGAAGCCAGUAAACUAUAUCUGUGAUGUCUUUCCCAAGCCGAUGGAUUAUAUCGCCAUGAACUGUCCUACCAAUCUUAUCGAUGAAGAGAAUGAAAAAAUCCUCUCCGAUCUGCUUUACAAAUAUGAAAAUCCAGGAAUAAAGGAACAAAUAAGGGCCUUCGGAAAGAAGAGAAACAACUACUCUAUGUCCUUUCACCUGCCGAAAGAAGCCCCCUCCUACGUAAUCAAUCGUUACAUGCAAAGCGUAAAACACAUUGAUGAAAUGAUCCCAGGGGUUCUAGUCAAAGAUACGGUUAAUAUCAAGAUAGCUAGAAUGAAGAAGACAGUUGCAGGGAUGGAAGACCCUUCCCUACCACCAGACGAAGAUGACGAAAUUAAUAAAAUGUAUGCCAGUCAUUUGGGACUCCCGAAUAGUAUUCACGAGGGACUCUUUAUCUUCCAGCUCCCACCUUACAUAAAACGAAAUGCCAUCAUCGAAUUCGCAUGCAUUAAUGAUAAGACGAAAAAGAUGGGCAACACAGGAAACAACGGCAUUAUGUCCGUCCAUCUCAGGACGGAAGGGAUGAAAGUUCACGGAUGCCACUUCUACAAGAAUAAGGAAGAAAACAGCAUUUUGAAGAACCAGAUAAAAGUGGGUUCUAACCAGGACUGCGUUGUGCAGAGUAAUGGCGAAAUUGAAUACAUAGGAAUAAUUUGUCCAAUUCAGAGCAAGUUAUAUUUGACCCCCCCGGGGUGUUUCCAAACAGCGUAUAAUAGCUCCGAUGCACUUCUUCAGCUCAGCAGCUACGAUAAGGAUUUCAGAAACUUCACCAAUGAUAAGGGUGUCUCUUAUUUGAAGAUCCCACAAAGCUUUGUCGGUUACCUGAACAUCUUCUGCUACUGCAAUGAGGAACCGCCACCAUCGGAGGUAGCCGGGUUGGUUGCAGCUCCGAAGAAGGAGAACAAAAUUAACAUCGAGCUGAAUGUCUCCAAUAGGGGCGUCACUAAUGUACAGAAAAUAGACCAGCUCUACGAGUCAGACUUCCUCAUAGGGAACGAAUUCGUCGAUAAGAGGCCCACGCCAAUAAUGAGAAAGAAACACAUCUGUGAUUUUACCAGGGAGGAUAGCUCCUUGGCUCCCCAGGACGAGUUGCUCGCCAUAAACUCCUGCUUCGUCGAUCUGGAGGAGAACCUCAGCCUCGUGGAAGUACGCUGCCCGAGGAACGUCAAUCCGCCUGCCUCCGACCGCUUCGGCGCUAUGCGCGGAAUGCGCAGUGCUGCAAGUGUCGGACUGGUUAGUAGUAGCCGUAUUGCUGGUACCGCUGGAGUGAUGACCGGACAUGGGCUCAACGGGGCCCUCCCUGCGGAGGAUGAACCCCUCAGCGAGGAAGAGCUCAGCAAAUACAAGCAGAUCAAAUAUGUGCCGGAAGAGUUCGAAGACGUAGUCCACAUGAGCGAAAAAAAAAAGCUGCAAGACAUCCUCCCAGGAACGAUAAUCCUCGAUCGAAGUAAAAAGUUCGGAGAAAAGGGAAGAUUCACAUUCAUCACCCCGCUGAUAGUCCAAAACGACAUAGUCAUAAAACUCUCCUGUGAUAACUCCGAAACGGUUAUCGGGAAUAAAAAGGGAAAAAAGGGAGUCAUUGUUGUAAAAAUACCCAAGCGAGUAACAAACAAAAGGUUCUACGGGUGCGACUUCUCUGGAAAUUCUAAUAAGACAUUUUACUAUUCCGAGGUGCAUUCUCUAACCAACUCGGAUAAGGAGUGCCACAUCGGGUUAAAGGAAAACAUCAUCGUCAGUUUGAAUUGUCCAAAUGGAAAAAUCAAUCCAAACAACUGCUUCCACAAUGUAUAUAUAAAGAGCACUAUGGAUCAGGAAAACAUAGAAAACGUGGAAAACAUCUUUAACGAUGUGAAAGUGAUUAAUACGAAUUAUCUGUUGAAAAAUUCGUCUGCUUUUUUGAUCAUAUCGAAGAUGAGCAAUACGAGGGACCUUAACUUUUACUGCACCUGUGAGGAUUACGAUAGUAAGAAUGUGGGCACUAUAUUCCUUAACCUGCCCCAGAACCCAUCUUCCACAUCUAAAGACAAGUACGCCUCGGAAAAGAGGCUCGUUCUUGAUGUGCCCCCAUAUUAUACCAAAGAGACUUAUGUUUGUGACUUUAGUGAUCGCCAUUACAACAUUGUGAAUCGGUCAAGUGUAGACAUGGAGAAACUGUUGAGUAAAUAUUUGCAGGAUAUUCUCUCCUACCAACGCGAUGAAUUCACACACUUCAGUUUGAAUUUUAAACUGAGAAAGGAAAUCAUGAAGAAGCAGUAUAUCGAAUAUGUUAAGAAACAGAUCCAGCAUUAUCGGGACAAUCCCCCCAAGGUGGAGGACUACCCCGACCAUACCCUCGUCUACAAGUGCAACAUCGACUUGAGUGCCUUUGACAAAUUUGCGAUUAAGUGUCCCUCCAGGAAGGGAAGUCUCCCUUCUAGUGAGGAAGGCCUCCCUUCUAAGGAACCACAACUUAGUGCACCUCGUCUGAUAUACGCGUCCAGUCUGGGUAACGACCCCAUCUCUAUGGUAAAAGGAUUGAAUAACCUCCUCUUCGGUACCAUCAUUGUUAACAAAACAGAGGAACAGAACGUUUCCUUUUUCGAUAGAGGAGAACUCGAACUUAUUAUAUCUCCCUAUGCUGACUCGUCGAAGAAUCUAAGUUUCUCCUGCGAGAGUAUGGGACAAGACGGAGUCAAUCGCGUCAUCGGUUAUGCUUCCAUAUUUGUAAAAAAAAAUAACAACAAAAUUCUGGGCUGCGAUUUUAUAGACCCUUCAGAUGUUACCAAACAGGUGCAUCCACCCAGAUCUAGAGCAAAAGAAACAGGCGAUGUUACCACUACAUACAGGAACAACUCCUUCGAAUUCGAGAUCGAACUCGUGGAGGGGAAAAACAUAUACUGUAACAUUGAAGCGAUAGAGAACGACGUCGUUGGGUUCAGCUGCCCGCAUAACUUCCUCACUGCCCCUGAAAAUUGCUUCGAGUCGGUGCAGAUAGAGGGGGUAGACAAAGAACUAGAGACACACAAGCUAGAGAAGCUACUCAAAGGAGUCCAGAUUCUUAAAAAUAAAAUAUAUGAUGUUAAUUUUACCCCGACUUACAUCAUCCUUCCGAAAAAAAUACCCAAAUCGAUGAAAAUCUUCUGCACAUGCAACUCGGUGAAGCUCAUAAAAACGGGAAUCAUCCAGAUUAACAUCAUCGGGGACGAUUUGAAUAAUUGGUUUAAGAAAGAGAUCACUCACAAUAUCUUCGCGUACGAACGGGGUAGCUACUUUUACGACUUCUCCUCUGGGCCACUCAACAUCAGCUCUGAGAACGUACUCGAUAUAGAUGCUCUCCCCAUGGGGAAGCGAGCCAAGGGAAGUCGCCAUAAUCUACAAGGCGUAGUAGCAACACCGGGGUUUGGAAGCAGAAAUGUGGAGCUCCUCGCGCUAGGAGAUGAAGAAGAGGAGGGGGAAGAAGACGAGGAUGAAGCGGAGGACGAUGAGGAGGACGACGACGACGAAGUGGAGGAAGAAAACGUGUUAAACCCAAUGCGCACAAAACAGGUGCACGAAAUCACCGUAGCGACAUCGGAAUUCAGCUCCGUGAAGGUUGUGUGCCCCUUGAGGAAUGCCCAACACUUCAGGCAGUCCAAAAUCAGCCCAGAAAAUUUCUUCGAGUAUGUCUAUGUCAUCGAAAAGCAUGCCACCAAAGAUGAGCUAACCGAAGCGGAGAAAGAAAAGAUGGUCACGGAUCUGGUGCAGGGAAAAACAAAAGACUCUCUAAAUAGCGAUGAAGAUGCAGAUGGACCGAAGAAAAGAGAAAACGAAAAGGAUAGAGAUAAAAACGAAAUGAAGGUCGACUACGACGAGAUGGGGAACAAAAUAAUCGUCGUCCUAAAGACAGAGAGACCCAAAGCAACAAUCGAAGAUGCAGAAAAAUUCGAUCAUCCCAAUGAUCAGAAAGAGGAACAGAAAAGAAAAAAAGAAAUCCUAACAAUAAAAAACAUAAACGACGUUAUAGAGUUUGUUCAUCACGAAAAAGAAAUCAAUGAAAAUACCUAUGCGGGGACGAUUCAUUUUUCUCCUCUCCUUCUGAACGAAGCGAAGUUUUUCAUUUCCUGCGACAAUUCGCUGACAUUGAAUGAAAGUAGAAGAGGGAAAACCGGGAUCGUUAAAGUUGUCGUGAAGCCAAACUAUGUGAAUAUAUAUGGGUGUGAUUUUGUUGGUGAUUACUCUACUCAUUUUUACUUCAGCCAGAAGUGGGAAUUCGUCCCGAAAAAUUACGUGUGCGAAGUACAAGUGGAGGAUGACUCCAUAGUAGGGUUAGCCUGCCCUUCACACACCAAGUUGUACCCAUCAGAUUGCUUCGAUAGUGUCAUUAAAGAUAACAUGAUUCACAAAAAGGAUUCUCUAAUAGAAGCAGUUAAUAUGUUCAUCUACAAAGAGAGGAACAAACCGAUUCUUUCCUUCAUCCAGGUGAAGCACAUUUUCGCUAGCCACUUUUCCUGCAAGUGCUACGAUUCUGCCAAAGGUGACUACAAAGAGGUCACCAUCAAAAUUAACUACGAGCCGUAUGUCAUGGGGACGCCCAGAAAGAACCUUGGCGGCGCGGUCAUUCAGUACAGCGAUGUAGACCUGCGACUGCCCUCCGUGCAGCACUGA